AUGGCUUCCAAGCCCGUCCCAGUGGAAACCCAACAUGAGGACAUGAUCCACGAUGCACAACUCGACUACUAUGGGAAACGACUCGCAACCUGUUCGUCCGAUAAGACCAUCCGUAUCUUCAACGUGGUCAAAGGAGAAGCCAAGGGAGAGCCAGUGAUAUUGAAAGGAGUGUUCGUCUGGAAAGAAGUCGGAACAGGUCAAGGGAAGGGAAGUGGAGGGGAGCUGCAGGAUGGAUGGGAAAGAAUCAAAGAACAUACCUUACACACUGCAAGCGUGAAUUCCAUCGCCUGGGCUCCUUAUGAUCUUGGACCCAUACUCGCAUGUGCAUCGAGCGAUGGUAAAGUUUCUGUAUUGAGUUUCCAGAACGACGGAUCUACCGACGUCUCCAUUUUCCCCGCUCAUGGUACUGGUGCCAAUGCUAUCUCCUGGGCUCCAAGCGUUGUAUCUAACUCCCCCGGUCGAUCAUCUCAAGGCCAAUCUUCCAUCUCCCCUCAAAAGCGAUUCGUAACUGCCGGUUCAGACAACCUGAUUCGAAUUUGGGGAUAUGACGAAGAUACGAAGAAAUGGGUAGAAGAAGAAGUCAUCAAAGGACAUGAAGACUGGGUCAGAGAUGUCGCCUGGGCACCGAACAUUGGCCUUCCAGGAAUGUAUAUUGCGUCAGCAUCUCAGGACCGCACCGUUCUCAUACAUACCCGACCCUCACCAUCCUCACCAUGGUCAUCAACACCCUUGUUGCCCAGCUUACCAACCUCGCAAGAUCCUCAUUUCCCCGAUGCUGUGUGGAGAGUCAGCUGGUCCCUUGCAGGAAACAUAUUAGCGGUCAGCUGUGGUGACGGCAAAGUUAGCUUGUGGAAGGAAGGCGUUGGUCAAGGAUGGGAAUGCGUUUCUGACUUUGCGAGCUAA